AUGAUGUUAUCUUCUUAUAUCAACACCCUUUUCGCCACCUCCGCUAUCAUGAGUAGUUUUGCCCUCGGUGCUGCAGACCACUGGAUCGUCACUCAGCUUCAGACGCUCACGAUCAGUAGGAUGGACCCUAUAGUCAAUCCUAACGACGUGUCGGGUCACGUACAUCGUGUGGUCGGCGCAUCAAAUUUCAACUGGCAUUUGAACGAUCCUCAGACUCAGCUCAACGCCGCUUGUAGCUCAACUAUCAUCGGUGAUGACAAGUCGAAUUAUUGGGCACCUCAAUUGUACUACCGACAUCCCAAUAACACUUUCACCCCUGUGCUCGGUGGUGUCAGAGUAUACUACUUCAACAAGAACAAGGAUGUUCAACCUUUCCCACCUGGUCUCAACAUGAUCUCAGGAUUAGCCAUGAAAAGGGAUUUGUCCGCCACGCAAAGUUUAGGUAUCAAGAUCUCAUGUGAUCACGGUCUCCAAACUCAAUGGUUACCCAACGGUACUUCUCACCCUGGAGGUUGUGGCUCCAUUUCGAUGGGUAUCUACUUCCCUUCUUGUGGUCUAGCAAAUGGUGCUACUUCUUCUUCCGAUCAUUUCUCACACAUGGCUUGGCCCCAAUCUUAUGAUGGACCAAGUCUUGUCGAUGAUCCCAACGGUAUCGUUUGUCCUGCUUCCCACCCCAUCAAAUACCCCACCAUCUUUGCGGAAUUCAACUAUUAUCUCGACGCCGAUCAUCCAUGGAGAAACGACGAAUGUACUUUGGUACUUUCCAACGGUGAUUGUACAGGAAACAACUUCCACGCCGAUUUCGUCAACGGAUGGGUGCCUCAAACACUCAAGGAUGCCAUCGCUCAAUGUGGAUAUGGCAAAGGUCCAGGAGAUAACCUCGAUGCUUGCGCUCCAUUGAAAAAGACCAAGUCGGAACCUAAUUCAUGGGAAUGUCGAUUAGACGGAAAGAUCCCUGAUGAGGAAGUCGGCUUGUGGCGACCUAUCUCUCAAUUACCAGGUUGUAAUCCACUUUGGAAGAAUGAUGUCACCCAGAAACCCGGUUGUUCCAGUACCCCUAAGCCUGGAUAUGUCUUCCCCAACGCAUACUUUGAGAAUCUCAAGUUCCGAAACAAGAUCCCCGUUGCUCUCGCCGAGUUGAAAGAUAAUGCAGACAUUACGACAUUUAUACCCUCUGUAGGAGACACCGGUGCCGGUAGAUUGGGAUGGUGGGGAUCAGAAGGAUCAAACAAGAACCAAUUGACCAAAGGAAACUGGCAAGCGAUCAUCAACUCUCUGGCUCCUGGAACCAAACCUCCAGCUAUUGGAAAUAUGAUCACUUUGACCACUGGUCAGACUGAAGAUGAAGAGAGCACGGUGGAAACUCAAGAUCAUGAAGCUUCAGAGAACACGGACGAUGAAUCUCAAUCUGAUGUUUCUACUCCCCCUGUGCUUGCUGCUGAUUCCCCUGCGUCCGAAUCUACUACCCCGGCCACCACUGCUGUUGAGGCUGAGGGUGCGGAAAGUACAAGUGCCAAGUACUGCAAGCGAAAGAAGAGAGGUCUCCUCCCUAGAGCUGGUGAGGCAUUAUCUGCUCAUCUCAGUAGGAGAUCUCGAAGAAGGUCGAUCCAGGGUCAAUAG